AUGACUAUUGUUUGAUUUGUAAUCAUUUUACUUUAUGAUAAUGCCUAGAAAAAAUAUUUUUAUAAGAUCUAUACGAAGUGCGGCGAGGAGAUUUCGGGCUGUCCAAGAGGUUUGGAUUCUGCCGUGGUGGGGUAGUGGAGGUGUAGCGAACGCACCCUUCUGGGCGUUAGAUACAUUGGUGCUUGUUGUGAAGUUGUUUUCCACGUGUGCUGUAGCUCUUGUCAGGCUACUGAUACCGCCUGUUAUGAAGAGUUUGCAUGGAGAAACUGUGCUAAUAACAGGAGCGGGUCACGGAAUUGGUAGAGAGCUGGCGUUACAGUUGGCGGAGCUUGGAGCUACUGUGGUGUGUUGGGACGUCGACCCUGGACGCAACAAUGCAGUUAUAGAUGAGAUCAGAAAGAAAGAUGGAGAGUGCUUCGGGUACACCAUUGACGUAACAGCACGAGAUCAGGUCAGCACCCUUGCAGCUCGUAUGCGCCGCCAAUUGACUGACAUCUCCAUGGUCAUUAGUAAUGCUGGAGCACUCACCUGCGCCCCUAUAAGCCACCUCAGACCUGAUGGGGUCACGAGGUUAAUCGAAAUCAAUUUAUUGGCACAUUUUUGGAUAAUCCAAGCAUUCCUGCCGAGUAUGAUAGAGAGGCGUCACGGGCACAUCGUAGCAAUCAACUCGAGUGCAGGCUUGGUGCCGUGCGCUGAUAUGGUAACAUACUGCGCUGCGAAGUUUGGACUGAGAGGGCUAAUGGAAUCCAUAACUGAAGAGUUGAGGCUGGACACCUGGACGAAGAACAUCAACACCACGUCUGUAUACCUCGCUACGGUAUCCACAGGCCUGUACCCUAUGCCGUCCCAUAGAUUUACCUCGUGGUACUCCGAGGUCACAGCUGCAGAAGCUGCGAGCGUGAUCAUAGAUGGAAUACGGAAGAAUCACAAAACAAUAUGCAUACCGUCCCUUAUGAAAGCAUUCGUCAAUAUCCACAACCUAAUGCCGUAUAGAAUAAGGAUCAUUUUCACCGAUUUCUUCAACUUCGGUCACAGGGGAUGGUUUUGUUUCUGUUAAUGGUUAAAAUAA